UAGCCUUUCUAUUUAAUCCUGUUCAUCUAUUAAGAGUAAUAGCUAGCAUUCGGCUCUAUAGGCUGACUUUGUAAAAAGAAACGUGGGAAAGCAAACAGAAAGAAAAAGACAGACAUUCUCCCUAAAAGGAGGAACAACAAAUUAAACACAGCAGUAUGUUUUUUUUUAACAAACAAACAAAGAAAAACUAAAAGAUUUUGAUUCUGCGUAUUAUAAUUUAAUUUUAAUCCUGAAUGGGCUCUAUAGGCUCACUUUGUAAAAAAACAAACAUGGGAAAGCAAACAGAAAGAAAAAGACAUAUCUCCCUAAAAUGAAGAACAACAAAUUAAACAAACACUGUACAGAUGUAUGUUUUUUUUAACAAACAAACAAAUAAAAACUACAAAUGAUUUUGAUUCCGUGUGUGAUAGUUUCAUUUUAAUCCUGUUUCUAAUUAAUUUUGAUGAUAUGUGGAUACUUUUGGGUGUGCAUUUUCAAGCAACAUUAACUUUUUCAUUAACCUUUUAAUGCUUUAAUUUAAUGCUUUAAUUAUUGUCAUGUAUUGGCCUAUUUGUUUUAAUUGAGGCCUGUUUGCACGUAGGACGCUUAUCAUUUUGAAGCGCACUGCCAGUUCACUGUUCAGUGAUGUUCAAUGUGCACCUCUGGCUUUUUAUGUGGAAAAUCAUGGCAGUUCAUAAACGACCAAUAUUUCAGUACACUGUAUACAAAUAUGCUACUGGUUUACAUUUUUUUUUAUAAAAGGGAGACUGCUGCCCGACCAAAUACCAAUUGCUAUUAAUUCUGAAUAUGAAAAUGUUAGCCUUUCGGAAUAGACGCGCAUGUGCCCUGCUUUUCCAGAGCUAGAAUGCUCUUUCGUGAUCCGCGUGACUGAUGCGAGUUAACAGCUGACUUUUUUCCAUUACCAAUGGCUCGCGGAUGAUCUAGAGCACUCCCGUGUCACGCAAACUGCGAUGCGUACUGAGGCAGAUAACCGAGUGGAUGUUUUGAAGCAUUUCUGAAAUCACCAACAGUUUCAUUAUUUCCGUAUUAAACGCCAUGCACCUGAACAGACAUAUACAGUUUUGAAAAAAUAUUAUGGGUUUCAUCCUAUUAAGAGAAAUAUAACAAUAGCAGGGAGGGUCCUACCAUACAUCCUACUUACAUCUUCGAGUCAAUAGGCUUUUAAAGAAGACAGCGGUAUUUCACCCAAGAGAGGAACAUUCCCACAAAACCAGCAGAAUGAGCAGCGGUGACUGCUUAAAGAUAACAGAUGAACCUCGCAGUUCUUUAGAUUAUUUUUCAAAGACUGAUAUUUUUUUAUCUCUUCAAUAGCAAGCGGUGACGCUUUUUUGUCAUGUGAUCAGCGAGCUGGUAUAAAGCGCAUGGAAAGGUCCGCCCUCUUUGGAAUCCUGGUCUGGCCUUUAGGAGGGUCUCCCCAGACAGAAUAAGCGCGUGGAUGUUGGGAUUUGGGCGACCUCUUGAUUUCGUGCCGACAGUAAUCCAUUAAAAGCCUAUGGCACUGGUGACACAUUGGCACGUCCUCUCCGCCUCUCCCGCAUCUGCUCGGCGCGUCUUAUGAGUUCUCUCGAAUCGACAGCGCAGGCAGCACGCAGGCUCAGCACACCGUUGCCCAUCGGGGACCCGAGAGAGCCAUGACUUUGAGCUCCGAGAUGUCGGAUGCGUCUGUGCUCUCGGAGGAGACCGACAUCGACGUGGUCGGAGAGGGAGAUGAUGGUGACGGCCAGACGCGCUCCUACGUGGAUGAGGUGGCUCAGAUGCACGACGAGAUCCUGCUCGGCGGUUCACCGUCUUGUGUGGAUGGCUCCGCCGCACGGGACCCCUACAAGCCAGCAAGUAAAAACACCCUGGUGAAGCCCCCAUACUCCUACAUCGCACUCAUCACCAUGGCAAUCCUCCAGAGUCCCAAAAAGCGCCUGACGCUCAGCGAGAUCUGCGACUUCAUCAGUAACAGAUUUCCGUACUACCGGGAAAAGUUUCCAGCUUGGCAGAACUCUAUCCGGCACAACCUGUCCUUAAACGACUGCUUCGUCAAGAUACCGCGGGAGCCCGGGAACCCUGGUAAAGGCAACUACUGGACACUGGACCCAGAGUCCGCCGACAUGUUUGAUAACGGGAGCUUUUUACGCCGCCGGAAACGCUUUAAGCGCCAGCAGGCGCCUGAACUUCUCCGCGAUCACGGAGGCUUUCUCCCCGCGGCCGCUGCCUACGGCUACGGACCUUACGGUUGUGGAUACGGUCUGCAGUUGCAGUCUUAUCAUGCGCAUUCUGCGCUCCUCGCCUUUCAGCAGCAGCAGCAGCCGCCGCCCUCUUCCCGGCAUCCUCACACCGGAACUCUCAUCCCCGCGCCUUCCCUCAUGCCAAACACUAUGGAGCUCACCCGUUCUCGCUUCUAUCCUCCUCUAAGCCCCGGGCUUUCUUCCCCGAUACAGACUGCGGCUAAGUCCCCGGUUCACCGUUCACCCUUCUCCAUAGACAGCAUUAUCGGGAGCUCUUUAAGCCCUACGCACUCGCAUUGUGCCUCACGGACUUCCCCGGUGGUCCCGGUGCUUCCGCCGACCCUCGCGUCUCAGCAAUCCCCAACCCCUCUGCCGGGAGUCUUGCACGGACCGAUGUCUUUACACGAAUCCUACGCAAACCGGAUUGUCAAUGGCACUAGCGGCUGUUAAUUUUUUUUUUUUUUUUACUAAACGUCACAUUUAAAGCGAUACACUCCUGUGUUUAAGGUAGGAUUCUUUUUGUAUUGUUUGUUUCACGCAGCUGAAUGGUGCACAUUAACACGUUCGUGCCUAUAUUCAAGCUGUGAAAUAUGAAGAUAUAUUUAUGUUAACAUUUUAGUUCAAUCUAAUUUCCGCCCCCACGAACUUUUCGUUGUCGGUGUGCUAGUGAUCACUGCAUAUAGGGCGUCUCAGGACAACAUUUUAACAGGCUAUAAAAUAAAUUGUCUAAAAUGAUAUAUUUUGUGUGAAAACACAGAUGUUUUGUAGUUUGGCAAACUGAUUUUAUUAUUUGUACUUUGUAAUGAAAAUUCACAAGAGUGAAAAUCGAACAUUUUUUUAUACAACGUGUACUUCUCAGUAGCCUAAUAAACAAUGUACAUUAUUUGAUAUUGUAUACUCGGAGUGUGAUAUUUUUUACAAGGUCUGUUUUUCAUUAAUAAUAAAUAUUGUUUUGCAAAAUAA